AGCCCAAAAAUCCUUUCUCACUACUCUCUCUCUCUUUGUCUCUCAUAUAAUCAUCACAAUGCAAACCCCCUCCUUCACCAACAUAUCCUCCAGUGAAAGUGUUUGUAUAGAAGCUGAUGACCAAGAAGUCGACGAAGAUUCCCUCUUUCUUUCCCUUGGACCUCCUGGCCAAAACAUCACCAAACAGUACCCCAACUAUCGCCCUUCUUUGAAAAAUAAGCAGAAAGUUGAGGAAAACCCUACUACGGAAAGUGGUGUAACUGUAGCUCUCCACAUUGGUCCUCCAAACACUGGAGCCAGCGAUAGUAACCCUAAUCACAUUGGUUCUCUCGUUGAAGGCCAGUAUUGGAUUCCUUCCCCGGCACAAAUACUUGUCGGUCCCACACAGUUCUCUUGUCCUGUCUGCAACAAAACAUUUAAUAGAUACAACAAUAUGCAGAUGCAUAUGUGGGGGCAUGGAUCGCAAUAUCGAAAGGGCCCUGAAUCUUUAAGAGGAACAAAACAGGCUUCUUCAAUGCUAAGACUGCCUUGUUAUUGCUGUGCUGAGGGGUGCAAGAACAAUAUUGAUCACCCAAGAUCAAGGCCAUUGAAGGACUUCAGGACCCUGCAGACACAUUACAAGCGAAAGCACGGUGCGAAGCCUUUUGGAUGCAGAAAAUGUGGAAAAGCCUUUGCAGUUAGAGGAGAUUGGAGGACACAUGAGAAGAACUGUGGUAAGCUUUGGUUUUGCAUUUGUGGGUCUGAUUUUAAGCACAAAAGGUCCCUUAAGGACCAUGUGCGUGCAUUCGGAGAUGGCCAUGCUCCACAUACAGUGGAGAUAUGUGAGGUUGAAGAAGAAGAAGAACAAGAUGAAGAGGAGGAGGAGGAGGAGGAAGAUGAUAACAAAGAUCAAGGAGAUAAUGGAGGUGGUCAUGGUCCAGUCUUCUUUUAACAAAGACAUGUCUAUAUGUAGAAGUUUAAGUUGUGACUGUGAUUAAGAAUUGGCAGUGACUAUUUUUGUGUUAUCUGUGUGUGAUAAACAAGGAAGAGAGAGGAUGAGGACAAACAGUAUAGUGAAAGCCAAGGUUCCAUGCAUUUAAUGUUGGAAGUGCUAGUUCGACUAUCUAAUUAAAGAACCCUUUUGUUU